CAAACAUCAACAUCGCGCGUCAUGCCCUAGCAAACUGCGCCGUAGACCAAGCACCUCCGCAUCGCACCCGAAAUCCCGAACGCGUCUCCGAUCUUCGUAUGGCCGGCGCGAGCUGAUCGCCAACCAUGGACGCCUAUCCUUCGCAAUAUGUUGAACACAAUCUCCCCUUCGUCGUCGUCUCGGGCCUGGGCACAGAUACAUCGGAGCCUUACUUCCAGCCUCACAAACUGCUGCAGGAGCAUGGCCUCAACAUCGAUUCGGCCAUACCCACCCUCAUCAACGAGCAUGCUGAACAGCUGCGCCAAGAAUUCCUCAUCGCCGACUCUAGGCAUGCGCCAUGGAACGGCAUAAGGUCAAGGAGCAGGGGAGAUCUCAUAGGAUUCAAGAUCAGGGCCGUCGGGAGGCAAUAUACAUUUCCAUCCCACAAAGCGCAGCCACCUCAAAGGUCGCCUGAUGAAACUCCUCCUGGGUCUCCGCCCAUUGAUGGCAAACAUAAAUGGGUUCUUCACUCGCCCAUAUCUCCCCUUUCUCCGGGUUCGCCUACUUUCCCCGAUGGUGUUAUGACGCCGUUGUGGGUGGCGAAGCACCAGAGCUACAUACCGUCCGUCUUCAUCUCAUGCUUCGAUUUCACCUCCGAGGCCGGACGCGAUACUCUGAAUGACAAUCAAUUGAAGGCCGAGAUUAAUCGGAUCAAAAACUUGUUGGCCAAUUCACAUCAUCCUACACGCUAUGCUGUCAUUUUACUCAGCGACAAAACUAUAAUCCAAGCUCCCGAAAUCGAGGACAGGCUUGCGAACAUUCGCCGCGCCACGGGCCUGGAUCCGAAGAACUCUCUCUUCUUUCUACCCCCGACAUCACGGGCUGAGAUUGCCUCUUUUGUCCACAACGUUCUUUCUGUGUUGCAGCCCACGUGUGUCGAAUAUUAUCGCGAUCUGUCUAAACACGCGCGGCGUAAGAAAAAUCGUGGUAACAUACCUCCGCCAACAGCACCCCCGACAAGGGGCACCUCGCAGACAUUGUCGAGUCAAGGAUGGAAUGUGCGGUACGACUUCAAACUCGGAGUGUUUGCUGAAUUCCGGCAAGAAAUGGACUCCGCAUGCAGACAUUACAGUGCUGCCAUGGACACGCUGCUCGAUGGAGAUGGUGUUUUUGAGACUACGGCAAGCUGGAACCCACGGUGGGAUGACACGCGUUUGCUUGCCGACACCGUUGCAGUUCGUAUUAUCCGAUGUCUCAUGUGGAACAAUGGCCCAACAUCCGCUGUUCAGUCAUGGCAGAACUACAGGGACAGGAUGCGCGAUCUGGUGGAUCGUCGAGGUAAGGGUUCCGCAAACUAUGGUUGGCAAGCUUGGGAAUCAAGAUGGGCCAGGCUCAUGGCCGAAAUCAUUCAGCGGGUAGAACCGCCAAUUUUUGCUGUGGUUGAAUCAUCCAGGGCCAAUCGGGAUAUGCUCAUAGCUCGAGAAGACGUUCUCUUCGUGCAGCCUGAGAAGAUCUUCCCUGUGGGCGAGAGGAUGCCGCCAUGGCAGCUGCUACACCACCCCGGCUACUGGUUCCGAUUGGCAGCGGAGCGGGCAAUUUCUCGUCGUACGCUCGCUGAAGACCUAUCUGAAGAGGAUCGGAUGCCACCGGGAAUGUCGCCUGCGACCCAAGUCGUAAAUCGAUACGGCACUUACGACACGUACCUUGUUCCUGAGCCACAUGUGGAAUAUCCGCUGCCUGGGAAAGGAGAAGGCUUUGAUCAUACUGGCGAGAUUGUGGAUCUGUUCAAUAGAGCCGUGGGAGAGUUCCAUGCUCGAGGACAAUACCGUCUCGUAGAUAAGAUACAUUUUGACAUGGGAAAAGAGCUUAUACAUGCACACAGGUAUAGCAACGCAUUGAGCGUACUUAAACCUUUGUGGGAAGGGAUGAACUGGCGGAAAGAAGGCUGGUGGCCAUUGGUGACAGAAGUUACGUGGGCGCUGCACGCGUGUGCACAGCUCUGUGGAGACGAAGAGAUGAUAGUCGCAACUGAGUGGGAACUGUGCAACCGUGCGCUCCGUACGAAGCAGGGCAAAGUACACGAUUUUAUGAACUGUCUGGAUUCGGUGAAGCAUCCGGAAGAGAAGGAAAUACCCAGGAUUACGCUCAAUGCUAACAAUGUCAUGUCUGCCCUUUCGGUUACGGUUAUCUUUGGUGUCGCGGAGGGCCACGUUGGGGAGCCCCUACAGGCGCAGGUCGCCGUGAGGUCGAACGCCCACAAGAACUCAAAGCCAAUCACAGCAAGCAAGUUUGGAAUCACUUUCAAGGGCUGCAUCGAUACAAUCGAGCUUCACCAUGAGGCGAACGAGGGCGCUCAAAGCUUUACUGAAGUGACCUUAACAGAAGCUGGAGAAUCGAAAGCAGGCGCCGCGCCAAGCUUCCAGGGCCAGGCUGAUCUUUCCUUCCGUGCCGGGGAGGUCAAGGUAUACACUUUCUCGAUUCUGUUCCGGGAAGCUGGCGAUAUCAAUCUCGAGCGUAUAACAGUCGAGGUUGCAACUAGCCGAUUCCAUCUCGCCUGCUUUGCAAAAUCUCCGAAAGGCGAAUCUGCACCGCUUUGGUGGCAUCCUAGCACAAAGGGUCUCAGGAACAAACGACUCAUUCGCGAUCCCGAAGAUCCUUCGAUUAAGGUCUUGCCAAAACCUCCCAAGAUGGAGAUUGCAUUGCCAAACUUGCAGGCACAGUAUUACAUCAACGAGACUGUCACUCUUGCUCUGAAUAUUGAAAAUGCUGAAGAAGAGGAUACCGAGGCCGUUCUAGAAGUACGACUUCUAGACCCAUCCAGCGAGCUACUGGAGUAUUCCUGGCUCGCCUCGAAGGAUCCUGAGGCUGAAAACAACGAUAAAUCUCCAAACCCUCUUGGUCACAACAUAGGGAUCAUGGCCCCUGGAUCGAAGCGAACGCACAGUAUCACAUUCGCGGCGCCUUCUGCCCCUGCGGCUUAUACCGUAGAAGUAAAGGUGCUAUACCACCUCCUCAGCGACCGCGAUGUACCGAUCCAGAAAAUACUUUCUGGAGAGCUCAUCUUCGUAGAGCCUUUCGAAGCAACGUACGAUUUUGCGCCUCAAGUGCACCCAGACCCUUGGCCCAGCUUCUUCCACAUUUCCGAUGAACAGACCACAGAACCAUCAGCCGAGAACACCGUCGACAAAGCUUUUGGUUUGUGGUCAAGGUACCUUCUGACUGUACGCGUUGGUUCGCUGGCCGAAGAAGACCUGGUCGUUCAAGAUGCCGAACUGGUUGUUCACAGUGUACAUGGCGGUGCCGCCUGCACUGUGGCCAAGCAGCAAUUGCCUGAGCCAGAAGUCGAUGUCUCGCCACAAGCUGUUCACCUCCGUGCUUUCUGGGUAGACGUGAGGAAGUUUGCCCUCGAAGACCGGAGCUCGUCGGCGCUGGAGACAAGUGUCAGUGUGAAAUGGCGCCGCAAGAACCCGAUCGCAGAGGAGAGUAGCAGCGACAGCGUGACGACAAUUGUGGCCAAACCGCGCCUCGUCGCCGCCCACAGCGAGCCGCGGGUUCUCGCAUCAGCGCGUCCGUCAACGACGGCGCCUGGUCCUGGGCUCAUCCACCUUGACUACACGCUGGAGAACCCGACAAUGCAUUUCCUGACGUUCGACAUCAGCAUGGAGGCGUCGGAGGAGUUUGCCUUUAGUGGGCCGAAGCUGAGCGCGCUGCAGCUGCUACCACUCAGCCGGCAGACGGUGCGCUAUAACUUGACACCGCUGGUGCGCGGGGCGUGGCUCAGUCCUAGCCUGAGGGUGCAGGACAGGUACUUCAACAAGGUGCUGAGAGUGACGCCGACGGAGGGGCUGCGGGGCGACAAGCGGACCGGGGUGGUGCAGGUGUGGGCGGACGUGGAAGAGGGGGAGGCGUGAGAGUAUAUCAAGCAUUACGGAGUAGGUAGAAGCAUGAAGCAUGAAG